GUGAUGGCUGUGAUGGCGGCGUGCCGUACGAUUGCCACAAAUGCGAUUGUUUGGAUCACAACCGCAGAAAACUAAACUCCAGUAUAAGCAAUAAAAGCUUGUAGUUAUUGCUAUCAUAGAGAAAGAAGCAAGAUGUUGGUUGCUCGAAAGCUCGUGUUGGCUUUGGCCAUGUUGGCCUCCUCUGGGGUGUCUGGCUUUACCAUCUACUCGCCCCUCAAAAAGCCACCGUCUACUACUACUAAAUUGUUUGGUAUUCGCUGUGAAAACAAGUAUUAUCAAUUGGAAGAAAUGGAAGACAAGGAGAAUGCCACCACGGAACUCUUUCUCCGCGAAGAUGGAACCGUCUUGAUUGGUGACACGGACGGUCCGCUCUGGGAUUCCGCCACGGGCUAUUGGCAAGUCAAACCAGGGACGGACGAUUUUACCAUGAACAUUUGCAAAAAAUUCAAAACGGGUAAAAAAGGAAGUGACAUGGGUGAAUUCGAAUUUGAAGUCAUUCGCUCGUUUGAUGGCGACAUGACCCAUGUCGGUGAAUCCGUGGCCAUUACCGGUAAAAUGACAAAUGGUGAUCCAUCGAGUAGUAAACAAGAAGUCGGCUUUUUCAACAUGAUUGAUGCCACGGAUGAUCGAAAAGACAAACGCAGCGAUGCCAGACCCGGAGUCAAGGGAGAAAAAGAUGUCACGAUUGUGGAAAAGAAAAAUGAUGCCAGUGGAACCCACAAGGGAGCGGAAGGAUGGGUGAUUCCGUCGGGUCAGCCACAAGUGAUGGACAGCAAUCCACAACAAACAGCAGCAGCCAAUGGCCUUCCAUUUGGUUGGGAAGAACAUUUUGAUCCUGGUCAGAAUGCCCCUUACUAUGUGGAUACCACCACUGGAAAUACCCAAUGGGAACGACCACAAGGAGGAGGCCAACAGCAAUCGUUUGGAGGACAACAGCAACAACAAUCGUUUGGAGGCCAAAAUGACUAUUCCUUUGGUGGAGGAGGUGCCCAACAACAACAAGAGCAACAAGCCACGGCCACAUUUCCGCAACAACAGCAACAACAACAAACAGCAACCGACCUGCCACCCGGAUGGGAGGAGCAUUUUGAUCCUGGUCAGAAUGCAGCUUAUUACGUUGAGACCGCCACUGGAGCUACCCAAUGGGAGCGACCUGGAUUGCAACAGCAGCAGCAGCAACUUGGAAAUCUUCCCAUGGGUUGGGAGGAACAUUUUGAUCCCGCACAGCAACGAUAUUUCUACCUCAAUACUUUGACGGGUGGUACCCAAUGGGAUCGACCCCAAUAAAAGCAAAUAACAGUACGGUAGGUACCAAGAACCCAGCUACAGUAUAGGUACAGUUUCCUUAGUACGAGUAGAAGCUACUAGCUAGAUCAGCAAGAUCACAUUCCUCGUGGAGAGCUACUAGGCAAACAGAUUGGAAUCGUUGCUACCGUAAAAUGUAAUCCCCAGACCCACGUAAUCCUUGACCACAGUCUCUCAAAGGUUGACCGAGGCGGAUCACGCCAAGCCAAUAGCUAGCUAGCUAAGAUAGGGAGGG